AUGGCGACCGCUUCAGUGACUUUCAAGUCACGGGAGGAUCACCGGAAGCAACUCGAGCUCGAGGAGGCGCGCAAGGCGGGGCUCGCGCCUGCCGAGGUCGAUGAGGAUGGAAACGAGAUCAAUCCCCAUAUCCCCCAGUAUAUGUCCUCAGCCCCAUGGUAUCUUAAUGCUGAGAAGCCGAGUUUGAAGCAUCAGCGGAAGUGGAAGUCAGAUCCGAACUACACCAAGUCGUGGUAUGAUAGGGGUGCAAAGCUUUUCCAGGCCAACAAGUACAGGAAAGGCGCUUGCGAAAACUGUGGAGCCAUGACUCAUGACAAGAAGGCUUGCAUGGAGCGGCCUCGAAGUGUGGGAGCUAAAUGGACAAAUGUCAACAUAGCACCUGAUGAGAAAGUUGAAUCAUUUGAGCUGGACUAUGAUGGAAAGCGUGAUCGUUGGAAUGGUUACGACCCAUCAACCUACACUCGUGUUAUCGCUGACUAUGAAGCUAGAGACGAGGCUAGGAAAAAGUAUCUGAAAGAGCAGCAGCUCAAGAAACUUGAGGAGAAGGAUACUGAGAAGGAUGAUGAGAAUGCGGGCAGUGAAGAUGAUGAAGAAGAUGGCCUGAGGAUAGAUGAGGCCAAAGUUGAUGAGAGUGCCCAGAUGGACUUUGCUAAGGUAGAGAAGCGUGUGCGCACGACCGGUGGUGGAAGCACCGGUACUGUUAGGAACUUGCGUAUCAGAGAAGACACGGCAAAAUAUCUUUUGAAUCUCGAUGUCAACUCUGCAUAUUAUGAUCCAAAAACCCGCUCCAUGAGGGAAGACCCCUUGCCAGAUGCUGAUCCAAAUGAUAAGUUCUAUGUGGGUGACAACCAAAAUCGUCUUAGUGGUCAAGCUCUGGAGUUCAAGCAACUCAAUAUCCAUUCUUGGGAAGCUUUUGAAAAGGGUCAGGAUAUCCAUAUGCAAGCAGCCCCAUCUCAAGCAGAACUUCUGUACAAGAGUUUCAAGAUCAAGAAAGAAAUGUUGAAGUCUGAACAUAAGGAUAAAAUUAUGGAGAAGUAUGGGAAUGCUGCGUCAGAAGAUACAAUUCCUCGGGAGCUGCUGCUUGGGCAAAGUGAGAGAGAGAUUGAGUAUGACCGUACUGGUCGAAUAAUCAAAGGACAGGAUGUAGCUCUUCCCAAGAGCAAAUACGAAGAGGAUGUAUUCAUUAAUAAUCACACGACUGUGUGGGGUUCAUGGUGGAAAGAUCAUCAAUGGGGCUACAAGUGCUGCAAGCAGACUAUCAAGAAUAGUUACUGCACAGGCUUGGCUGGAAUAGAAGCUGCUGAGGCAUCAGCAGAUCUAAUGAAGGCCAAUAUGGCCCGCAAGGAGGCCGCAGAAGAUGUACCUGUACAACAUGAAGAAAAGCGAUUAGCCACUUGGGGAACUGAUGUGCCUCAGGAUCUUGUUCUUGAUCCGAAGAAGCUUGCAGAAUCUCUAAAGAAGGAGAAAGCAAGGGUAAGGGGGAAAGAGGAGGAGAGGGAUGAGAAGAAGAGGAAGUAUAACGUGCACUUUGACGAUCAGGUUACUGUAGAAGACAUGGAGGCCUACCGUAUGACGAAGAUUCACCACGACGAUCCUAUGAGAGCUUUUCUCAAGUGA